AUGAAAACUUGGUUUCAAAGAGGAGUUGAAAUUACUGCAUCUAUAGGAAGACGAAAUAAAGUGGAGAGGGAUGCAAGAAUUUCUCGAUUUGAAGAUAUUGAGAUGGGAGAUAUUUCGGGCUUUACGAGUGCGAAUGUGAGGAGGGGUGCUGUGCUUGUGGCAUUGCCGGAACAGGCUAGAGUUUCUGGAUUGUGA